UCGUUCUCCGCCUGCAGCCGCCAGCAUUACAGGGAUUGUGGGACGCGGUCACUGUUGACAUAGCAUGAUGAUAGAAACGUAGGAAUGUUUUCUCCGACUACCUCCGCCGCUGAACGGGACGACGGUGACUAACACAAACAGUGAAUUGCUGGAUAAAUGACUUGUGAAACUCUCGUGGAAGUCGUUGGGCAGAGCCACCGGUUUUAUGGGAAAUGAACGUGGCCGGGAAACUGCAACCUGAACUGAUUGAGCGACCUGCCAGUCUUUUGGUUCCAACUUCGACAAAAUCUGGAAUUGCUUUGCUGUACAAUGAAGAGACCAACAAUACCUAUGACGUCUGCCUGAAAUUGACCAAAGAGGCAUUAACCAUACAGAAGUUGGAUGUGGUUUGCACAAGAGGAAGUGAUUCCCAAUUAAAUCACAGAACUGUUGUACUCCGAAGACAGGCAGCUGGAGGUCUGGGCUUAAGCAUCAAAGGAGGUGCAGAGCAUAAAGUGCCUGUGGUUAUCUCAAAGAUUUUUAAAGAUCAAGUAGCCGAUCAAACGGGGAAGCUCUUCGUCGGGGAUGCUGUGGUGCAGGUCAAUGGCAUAAAUGUAGAGCAUUGUACUCAUGAAGAAGUUGUUCAUCUUUUGCGUACCGCCGGAGAUGAGGUCACCAUCACCGUCCGGUACCUCCGAGAAGUUCCAUCUUUUCUAAAACUCCCUCUAGGUUCCCCUGGGCCAUCCAGCGAUCAAAGUAGUCGAGUAUCCUCUCCGCUUUUUGACAGUGGCUUACAUUUAAAUGGGAAUUCUAACACAGCUCCAUCACCCCCUUCGCCCUCGGCUAAUGAACCAAAGUAUGAGAAGCGCUGGCUGGAUGCCGUCUCCCUGCCCUUGUUGAUGGCCAGAGUCUCCAGAUACAAAGCUGGAACAGAUAAAUUAAGGUCCAACUGUUUUGAAGUCUUUGCCUUCGAUGGAGCCAGCACCAAUAUUCUUCAAUUUUGCACUGCAGCUGAAAGCACAGACUGGCUCCAAGCAAUAUCUACAAAUAUCAAUGCUUUGACACAGGAAAAUAUAAAGAUCAUCAACAAAUACUGCUCCUCAGAUGAUCAGGUUGUUUACAUGGGCUGGGCGUGUGAAAGCCCUGAGGGAAGUGUUGCAGUUCGAACCUCCGCAUACAAGUUCCUGGCAUUAAGAGGACCAUCUUUUUAUAUCUUCCGAGGCCCACCGGUCAGUGCCGCUGACUGGGGACAAGCUGAAACCACAUAUCACCUCUAUGAGGUUCUUUUCAAAGUUCACAAGCUGUGGAUGGCAGAGGACUGCUGGCUGCAGGCUCGGCUCUACUUGGGGCUUGAGCAUUCUCCUGAGCAGCAGGACAGCGAGUCUCUGUGCUUCAGCAUCCUGGUUGGCCACGGCCAGAGCCACACCUUCAGGGUAGAGCUGGCCAGUGACCUCGCUGUGUGGGAGAAGUCUUUUCAAAGAGCCGUCUUCAUGGAGGUGCUGAGACUUCGUUCCAAAACCUACAUGUGCAGCAGCCAGGGGAAUGUACUGUGUUUCACCAUAGAUUUCGAAUCGGGGUUCACUUGCUCGGAGGGCUCUUCAAAGAGCAUACUGUGGAGAUAUAAGUUCUCUCAGCUGAAAGGCUCCUCCGACGAUGGGAAAACCAGGGUAAAGCUGCUUUUCAAGAAUGCUGAAAACAAGCAAAUAGAAAUGAAGGAAUUGGAGUUUGCUAAUCUGACAGCUGUUCUCCACUGUAUACAUUCUUUUAUUGCUGCCAAAGUGGCCUCCAUGGACCCUGUCUUUAUGAGCAGUCAAAGCUUCCCUGGAAGUUACAUGAACAGUUAAGAAGACACUUCCUCAUUGUCGUGUGCACCUGAGGCAAAUCAGCAGUAUUUUAUGCACAAAACCAGCUGAUGUGUAUAUCUUGUUCUUGCUAUUUUUGUAUGAAAUGUUGAAUAAGAAAAAUUUGUUAAACAGACUUUGGAAGUAGAUGCUAUUUGUAUUUGUAUAGACUGACUGAAAAUUGUAGAUGGAUGAAGGAAGGCGUUAGUUCAUUUCAAGUAGAAAAGUAUUUUUUUCCAUAGAGUAUCUUUAAAUCUUAAGAUGGACAUUGACCUGAUAGGAUGUAAAUUAUGGCCCUUUUUGACCAUAAGAACUCAGCAAGGCUUUCCGUGCUGUGAAGACUUUUUCAUGGGGCUCUGGAAUCAUUUCCACUGUUUAUGAUACACUUACAAGUGAGUUCCUGCAACCUGAUUUUGGCCCUGCUCAGAAGGUGAUAUUAAAACCUGAAUUCCAGGAACCAGGGUGAUAAAUGCUUAUGUCUAAAAAGCAUCCGAUGCUCAUAUAUUAUGUUAAAAAGCAUGGUGUUAAAAUGGGUUAAAUCGCCUCACAACUGUUUUGAUUUGAUUCAACUUUUGAGUCGGCUUUUAAUUGAGGUUUUACAAUGUUUGGCGGGAGCUCAACUCAGUUGUUAGAAAUCAAAAAGUGCUUUUAAAAAUAUUCAGUGUUUGGGAGAGCUGGGCAUCCAGUGCACAGCCAAACAGCGAAGUAAGACAACAAAAAGAUAAAGAUUUUUUUGUGAGGCACCUCCUACCCUUCACGCAGUGGAAAAGGAGACAAAAGGCAGUCCCUGAAUUUCACAGGUUCUGGUAAGUCCCAACUUAUGGAAACUUCCAGGUUAUUCUUGGCAGUCGAAAAGGGCCACUAUAUCAGUUGUCAAGUCACGUUUUGUAAGGUGUCACCAUUUCUAUGAGCAAAAGAGGGUGUAACUGCCAUUAACUUGACAAGAAUACAAGAAUUGCCACAUAGAGCAGCUGCCUGUGUCUUUGAUCAUUAAAGUACUGGAUGAAGAGUAUCGAUGUUGCGCCCACUUCUAAUAUGCAAGUACAAGAUCUAAUGUUGUCCGGAGUCUUAAUUUCACUUAAUUUUGCUGCAGACCUUUUACAGUGAUCCUCUUACCCUCAAAUUCACUAGUUCAACAGGAAUGACACAGUCAACCUUUCUCUGCUCCCAGGUCCUCAGUUUCCCUGCAGCCUCAAGGCAAGUUACAGUAUUUGUACACUAAUGUAAUUUUAUGUGCCUCAUAUAGACAAAUGGAGACCACCUGUCAUUUGUGCUGUGGUAUCCAAUAUACAUUCCAUUUCAAGCAUGCACACAAGAGUGUUGUGCAAAAAAAAAAAUUGAUUAAAAAAAAAAUAAAAAAUUGCAAUUUUACCUAUUGAAAAAUCCAUUUCAGCAUGGAAAGUGGAGAAAAUGCAUCUGGUUGAAAGCUGCCAUUUAAUGUAAUUUUUCAUGUAAGGCUUGCCUUAAUAACGAUAAUCACCAUAAUGAGAUGAUUGACAACAAGUUUGUCUCUCCAAAUUUACUGAAAAGGCACUGAAAAGCAUCUUCUUAAAGUUGAUAUCCAGGUAUUUCCUUCAUGAUGUAUCUGGAGAUGAGCCUCGGUUUCAAAUUUCAGUAUCAUCGCCCUGCGUGUUAACUACAUGACACAUUUAAAGCUGUGGCUGGAGCUAAUACAUUAGACACACAGGAUUAGUUUGGCCCAAACCAGCCCAGCAAGGGUAUUAGUCACCUCUGUCUAUUCUAAUAUCUGGCAUACAACUGAGAAGACACUUGCUCUAGGGCAUUUCAUUUCAGAUUCAAGUAGUAUAAUCAUUGGCUUGGUGACACAGGGUGACAUUUCACAGCUACUCAUUUGCCUGGUAUGUACGUCACCUAGCAGUUAUGGUGCCAUGUAUGCCAGUUGCUUACCGACAAGCUUCUCUAUCCAAACAACAACCUGUUCUCACCCCUGGGUCAUCAGAAACUCAUGCAUGUCACGCCCCUUCUGCAUCUGACAUGAUGCCAAAAGCACCCUUUGAAGCUAAAGGCACAUUUUGGCAUCAAGAUGAAACGCGGGGGUGAAUGUGAGGAACUCUGUUGACGUGACGUAAUAUAAAGAGCACAAACGUCCUCAUUGGGAGGAGCUCGGGGUGGAUGGCAGGCGUGCAUGAUUCUCAUUUCCUGCAAGAUAAUUUAGCACCUGUCAUGUUCAGUGAGACCAUGUUGGUGCCUAAACCUAACUUUUUCCUAACCUUAACCGAGUAGUUUGGGUGCUUAAACAUAACCACGUGACACUGACGUGUUGAAAGCGAGAAUGCCUGAUGUGUCUCACACAGACGCCGUAGUUAUCAGACGCGUUACAAAAGCAUUAGUAUUUCAUGACCUGGGAUGUGAAUGGGUUACAAAGAACCUUGGUGCUGGCCAAUUAGGGAACUGCACUCUUGUAGUCCUUUAGUCUUUAAUACAUAUUUGUCUUUGGCCUAACUACCACCUAAUGUUGUAAGGCUGUUCCUCUAAGUCCUCUCUAAUGACCUGCACAGCCACUCUACAUCACUUAGACCUCCACCACCUGCAUUUCUGUAAGCCACUAGUCUUUCAAAAUUGGAAAAAAAUCCCUCUCUUCUUUGUUGUUGCACUUUGCCCUUUUUCAGUUAUUGUUAGCUGUUCUAAAUAGGAGCAUCAGCUAAAUGUUGUAACUGUAAAUGUGUUAUUAGCUAUGUUAAAUUUCAAGAUGGUGCCAAGCUACCGGCUGCCUGUCGCAGCAGCUCUCGUUUAUUGUAUUAUCCUCGGUCUGUCCUUUCAGUGUGUUUUUCUGUGUUUCCCUCAAUACACUGUAUUUGUUCUAUUCCUAUCUAUAUCAUAUUACACUGCAAUGACCCAGUUUCCCCACAAGGAUCAUUAAAGCUUCAUCUAAUCUAAUCGAAUUAAAUCUAAUGUAGACAUGUUGAUGUUGAAAACUGUCCACAUUGUUUAAAGCUGGAAAAAUCAAUAAAGCGGUUCUUAUCUUUUGA